AUGGAGAUCUAUGAGAGCAUCUACAAGAAGCACCUGGUAGACAAGAAGAUCAUUGGAUUUGGAGCAAGUAGUAGAAUCAAGAUGUUUACUGAGACACUGCCACCUGAUUCAAACAAGACGUACGUUCCAACAGACAUGCAGUCUGAAAUGAUGCUGAGUGACUACGAUUUGCGCAUUCUUCCUAAAUACGUGGAUUUGUACGUUGAUACGACAGACCUGUUUGUUGAACUGGAAAACGGUAGGAGAUUCCUUGUGAAGGGACUCAGCCAUUCUGCGGUGAAAGAAAAGAUACUGUACAGUUUGGCAGAUAAGAAACUGGUAUUGUACGAUAGCAAGAAGAUAACUAGGACAGUGGCGGGACUGUACAUACCUGUUGAGAUCAUAAAAGAGAGCUAUUACCACGUGUGUGACGUGAUAGCAAGGAAGUACAAGCUGAAACAGAGAAUAAGGCUAAAUGGACCAAAUCCAUACGUGAACAGUAUGGGGCAUUUUGUACUGAUGGUGGAGUACAGCGAGAAGUUCAUAAAGGAAUGUGAGAAGAUUGUUGGAGUGGUUGAGCAUGGAGUAUUCGAAAUAGACGAGAAUACGAUUUUGGAGGGGAUAUAA